AUAGAAAAUUCGCUCUAACUCAAGCAUGUCUUCACUUCCCAUCACCACCCUACCCGACAGCCCUUGCACUGGCGCCUCCACUGAGCUAAAAUUGUAGAAGGUUACUGGUUAAUCAGGAUUUAUGGAUUCUAUCGGUUAUAUAACCUGUUCAACAACCGGCUCAUCUGAUUCCGGUCGCGUGACAAUAACAUAGUCUGAUGACUGAUCACCGUGACUGAUGUUUUCAAUUUUCGGAAAAUCAUUGUAUCAAAUUAGGUCUAUUUUGUAUCAGAUUACACAAGCUAUUUCCUGUCUGGACAUACUAAAUAAUUAUGACAAUUUAAUAUCGCAAGAAGAUGAAAUCGUCCAAUAUUGACGAUCUACUGGAUAAUUUAGGCAAACCUGGCAAACUCCAAAGCUUGUCGUUUUUAUGUCUGUGUGCAAAUUUAUGGAUUGUUAUGACGAAUCACAUGGCAUCCGUGUUUUUCAACGCGAAGACGGACCAUUGGUGUAAAAUCAAUGGCAACGGCAGCUCUGGUGUACGGCAUCUCGUAACAAAAAGUGAACACAUUCACGCUUGUUAUGUAUCCAUUGGAAAUAACAGCGAUAAAGCGGAAUGCUCUGAAUGGACAUAUGACUUGCCCGAGGGAGAAAAAACUGUAGUAUCUGAGUUUGACCUUGUUUGUGAUGACGCCUAUAAAAGUGAUCUGACAACAACAAUCUAUUUUGCUGGUGUGAUGAUCGGAGGAGUAGUCUUUGGGAUGCUUGCCGAUAAAUAUGGCCGAAAACGUAUUGUUAUUUUGACAUUGUUACUAUCUGGCAUUGUUGGUGUUGCAAUUUUUUUGUUGAGAUAUUAUGCAGCCUAUAUUGUGCUUAGGUUCUUCUUGGGGUUUUUUAUGCAGGGUAUACAGAACUCGUCUUUUAUCCUUGCCUUGGAAAUACUGUCCAUGAAGUAUCGAAGUACUGGUGGUAUUAUAUUUCUUCUAUCUGGUGGUAUUGGCAUGUUAUUCCUUGAUUUUCUUGCAUAUGUUUUAAAAGAUUGGAGUUAUGUCCAACUAACCACAUCAUUGCUACCCUUUCUGCACCUCGUGGCAAUAUGGCAUAUCCCCGAGUCUUUGCGAUGGAAUAUUGUGCACAAGAAGUUAGGUAAAGUCGAGGCUAUCAUCAAACGAACUGCAACGUUUAACAAACUACCGUUUCCUCGUAAAUUGUUUGAAGAGAUAAAGAGUGAUGAUUUGAACGAAAAAUGUGUGCAACACAAGCCCAAGGGAAAUGUCAUCGAUGUCUUUAAAUCUCCGAAAUUACGGAAGAUAUCUUUAAUACUUUCUUUGGCGUGGUUUACGUUUUCGGCCGGAUAUUAUGGUCUGGCUUUUCAUAUAUCCUUCCUAUUUGGUGACAAAUAUUUGAAUUUUGCAUUAAGCACCAUCUUGGAUGCGAUUAUCGGAAGCAAUUUGCUCUGGAUUAUACCCAGGUAUGGUCGUCGUCGUCCAAUGACUAUACUCUUCUUUGUCAGCGCCGUGGCAAACGCUGUAUGUUCCAUCAUGUCUCUGGAAUCUGUAACAGGUUCCGUUAAGUUUGUUGGAACAGCUAUGGCGAUAAUUGGGAAAGCUUCGAUCGCAUCCAGUAUAGCUAUUGGUUAUAUAUACGCAUCCGAAAUCUAUCCAACUGUAGUAAGAAAUGUAGGAUUGGGGAUGAAUACAUUUUGGACAAGAUUAGGAGGAAUGGCUGCUCCACAAAUUUUCUUUCUUGGAAUACAUACAUCUCCUUUUGUGCCUUAUACUAUUUUAUCUGUUCUGUGUUUGAUGAACGGAUUUUUUACUCUUCUCCUCCCCGAGACUGGGAACCAAGGUUUGAAAGAUAGAAUGGAGGUUUCCAUGACAUCAUUGAUGGAAAAGGAAAAUGGUGUCAUUAGUAAACCAGACUCUGACAUAAAGAGGGUAGAGUGUUAUGAGACAGCUAUUUAAUGAACUAAAUUGAAUUAAAAAUAACUAUUAGCCGGAAUCUGUGGGCUAUCUGCAUGUACAAUAACUUUUUUUAUACUGAAAAAAUACAAUAGUAAAACUCUCAGGUUUGGUUACUGCAGGCAAGCUAUACCGCACAGAUAUUCAAAAGGUUGAACAAUUUAAAACGUUUCAGAGAUUUAUCUCAACAGCGCAUGCUAUGGAACCAUCGGCAUAUGGCAUGUGUUCAUCCAACAUGCUUGGCUCCCAUCCCAGGGCCGUAGCUUGACCGUUAAUU